AUGGGUCCUGGAGAAGGAGCAUCGGAUUCGGCAUCGCAUGAGCAGCAAGAACAGGGACGAUUAUCAGGGAGCUCUGGAUCGAGCGUCGACAAAGACGAGGGAAAGGAAACGGAAAUGGACAAAAACAGAGGAAAUAAGAAGGGUGACGACAAAUGCGGGGGAAAAGACAUCAAUAAAGAUCCUGGAGUUGCUAGACGGGCCAGUGCAGCUUCGUCCACAAGUGCUUCAAGCAGCAGUACCAAUUCGGCAUUUACACACAAACUAUACAGCAUGCUAGAGGACAAAGAAAUGGACGAAUUGAUAUGGUGGUCACCGUCCGAGACGUCGUUUUUCAUUUGUCCAUCAGAGCGAUUUAGCAAAGCACUAGCCUCGUACUUCAAGCACACAAACAUGGCUAGCUUUGUCCGCCAACUUAACAUGUACGGAUUCCACAAAGUCAAUGACCAUCAAAGAGCAACACAACAAGCUCAGGCCAAGCAUGAGCCAUCACCCGGUAUCGAAAAUGGUCAGAGUUCUGAUCAGCUUCCGGCUGCUGGCCCUGAUGAGGUGCCUCAUAGCAGCGAAAAUAGAGGGGCCAGCAAUUUGUGGGAAUUCAAGCACAGUGCCAAUGCUUUCCGUAGAGGAGAUUUGGAGAGUUUGAAGCAUAUAAAGCGCAGAUCUUCCCGUAAUCACUCAAUCCUGCGAAAGGAAUCCACUGGAACGAUACCGACCCCAUUUGAUUAUUCGCCAAUCCCAACGGACCACUGGGUGGAUCCACAAUCUGAUCCGCGCCGAUCCAGUUCUGCUGAGCUAGGACAUGCAUAUCAUCAACUUCCCAAAGCACAAACUUCAACGCCAUUUGCACCAGGUCUUCCUGGCGUUAGCCACGCCGCUAUUGAAUACUUUGCUUCAAAUCAAGAGCAGCAGCAGCAGCUACAGCCCCCUGGUAAGAUAUUUCAUCCGCAAUUUCAACCUCAAAACCAACCACAUGUUCAAAAUCAACAGCAGCAGCGGCUGCAACAACCCCAGUUUCCUGUUUCAUCUCAACCUUACGCACACCCACAAUCACAAGCCCAACUCCUUGCUCAGAAUCUAGCACCAGUUGGUGCCAAGGUGAACGAUAUGGCUCAACCAUUCAGUGGACCAUUAUUAGGUCGGCCGGAAAGUGUGUCAAUACCAAAUCAAUUUGAAGCGGCAAUUGAUGAUCUUCGGCACACCAAUAUGGAUUUAGUAAGGCUGCUUGAUCUCGUUCAUAAUCUCGUCACCAUGUCUCAGACACCAACUAAGAUUAAUGAGGACGCAUCUUCCCUAUAUGGGGCAACUGCAGGAAAUGAGCAGUCGUCGUCCCCUCGCAAUGCAAUAUCACAACAACAAAGUAUGGAACAGUUGAUGGCUGAGAUUUCAAGACUUAAAUCAGCCACCAUGCAAAGAUUACAAAGGUCUGGAUCUUUUCAGCUUCCUCCGGGCGCGGUGCAACAACAAUCAAAAUCAUUCCCAGGCUUUGUCGAGCAUUCUGUCAUGAGUCCUCAUCUUCCUACCUACUCAAGUCGAGCUGGUAAUUUGUCAAGUCGAAAUUCAGCCUCCUCGCCAGCAUUGUCCCAGUUAGCAAAUGCCCAGAAUGCUCAGGCUCCCUCACAACAACCGACAUAUUACCCCACUCCUGGUGCUGCUACUGUGCACUCCACCCCAGGCGCUUUGACAAGUGAGUACCCAGGAUUAGCUAAGCCAAACAGUGUACCGGCUCCUUACCUGAUGCUAAAUUCCUUUGAAAAAAAAGGGUCAACUUCAUCCAAUAAAAACAGGCAUAUGAGCGUUUUAAUGGAUCCGCUAGCCCCAGCUCCGGGCCUCGUUGCUGUCGGUGCGUCCGCCAGCGCAUCUCCCAACCCUAUACAGCAACAGCAAAAGAAAGGCCAACAAUCGGUAUACUUAAGCCAUUCAAUGGCAUCACCUCAGCCCAUUAUUUCCAAGAAUCCUUCCAGGAGUGACGUGAAGUAUCUACCGACAUCGAAUCCGGAAUUCAAUAUAGAAAGCAAGCAAUCCGAACGCAGGCCAUUGUCUCCAUCUGUUAGUGAGGCACCGGCUAAUCCUAUUCCAGUUAAGGGCAGCGUUCGGGCGCCAUCAGAGACUGUCGUUAACGCGAUUACAUAUAGACCACACUUUCCAUAUGGCACGGUGCCAGGAAACAUCCAUCCUUCACCCCCAUUAGCCCAACAUUUGCAUGCUUCUCAAGCUAACUCAUCCAGUGGGGUCACCCAUCUUCCCAAAACUCCUCACCAAAAACUUCAACGCCCGUUCUCUAUACAAAGGGAACCGUCACCGUUAAACCGGCAAGUUGAAGAGAGUCUUGAGGACGAUGAAGCAGAAAAGUCAGCUCUACCGCAUUCGUCUAGAGAAAGCACAGAGUUAGGUACUACACGGCAAGAUGGUGCUAAUGCCAGCUCAUCGAGGUUGCACACAUUGCUCAAUUACGAUUCCACCGAGCAGUCCAAAAAAAAAAUGAAACUCUAA